UUGCACCAGCUCUGCUGUUUUCAAUUUGUCUCGACCAUGGCGCCCAAGCACCCAAAGAUAGAUUAGUCUAGUCUUGCCGUAGCUGCAUGGCUACUACUAUCAAUAGAGCAACGGAGAUAGCUUGAAACCUGCCACGUCUCCACCGUCCACAUUCCAUCUAUCGUCAUCUAUCACAAUCUAUCGUAUCACUCGAAUUACCAGGCUGAACAGCUGCCAAGAUGCCUCAUCCCACCGAGUCUUCGGCGUCGGAUGACAGUGGAGAUGACAGCAAUCGCUACGAGGAUGCGGACGAGGACGUCGAAAUAGACUUUCAAGCUCAAGCCCAAGCCCAGGCACAGGCUCAAGCAGCGGCAAUUGCCAGUCAAUACGGAGAAGGUGACGACGAUGAGGAAGAGGAGGACGAAGAAGAAGAAGAGGAGGAGGACGAAGAAGAAGUAGCACAAGCCUCCGUACAACCACAGCCGCCGCAAUACGGUGGGAUUCGUGGAAAGCCCGAGGCCAUGGCGGCCGCACUGGCUGCAGCCACUAUUGACCAAGGAAAGCAGGAAUUGGAUUCCGAAACACAAAUGGAAAAUGUGGACACGGUAGCGGAGGCUACGGCUGUAGUGGCCGAAGCCGAAGCGGUGGUCGAGUCCGAGUCAGCAACUGAUGGAAGCAAAGCGGAUGUCGUCAUGGCAACGGCAACCCCCGAUCCAGAAUACACUGCUCAACCAGUCAAACCACCUGCCAGCAGCAAGAAGAAGAAAAAGUCUGCACCCAAAAAAUCCCCUUCCACGGCUGGCUCUCGAAAAUCCCCCAAAACAACUCCUGGCAGCUCGGGCAUUGAUUUGCAUGCACCUAGCUUGGAUGAUCCCACGGUUCCCGUCACCGAAGCGGAAUACGAAAAUCUCACUCAUUUGAUGGAACACUUUUGUAAAGUUCCGCUUUUGGCAGAAUUCAGCCGUCCUGUGACACUCCUGCACCCGGAGCUCAUGACGGCCUACUCCAAGAUUGUCUCGCAUCCCAUUGACCUGGGAAGAGUCUGUCGGAAAAUUGGAAGGCGAAAGUACAAAAACACCAGAGAAGUGCAGCUUGACAUGUGGAGAAUAUUCUCAAACUGCGUCAAGUAUCAUUCCCAUCCAUCCAACAGAGAAGGUGUCCCCUCCUUCGUCAGCAUUGCGCUUCAUCUUCGGGAGUAUUGGAACAAUCUAUUUCAGGAGUUUAUGCUUCCUUCCGAUACGCCCUCGAAAGCUCUGAAAGGAAAGUCGGGCCAAAGCGCUGCGGCAAGACACAUUCGAGAGGCGUUUGCCACUCGCGAAGAAGAUCGCAAAAAGCGCUUGAUUGUAUCCGGCCUUACUUGUAUGAGUCCCAACUGCUUGAAACGGUGCUCGAACCGAAUCCGCGAGUUUAUUGCCAACCAAGGGCGCGCGGAUCGUUUGGACAAAGAGCCCAUCUUUCCGGGGGCCGACCCAUUGGGGGCCGACAUUGACGUGGAGGAUCGAAAGGAUUUGGCAAUUGUCGUCGAGAAGCUGAAUACAGUCAGCACCACUCUCCAUAGACUGUCGGAAGAGCAGGCCGAAUACACGGUCGAGCAGUUCGACACCGACUUGAAAGCCUGCUACACGGCCGAUCAUGUCUUUGAAAACAAUCCAGGCAUCAAGUUCCGCGUUCGAAACCGCAUGAACCGGUUGUUUGGAAAGAUUCUAGUUCCAAUCAACGAGGCAAACAGCAGAGGCGUGACCCAGUCGUCAAUCUGGGGUUGCAUGGCUGCUGCCAUUUGGGCCCGCGAAAGCAGCAAGAAACCGUAUUGGCCAGCGUUGGUCUUAGGUAUUCUCGCACCAGCCGAUCAGCAAGAGGACUGGCAUGGAGCACUUACGGAGAGGAACGAAGCCAGGCUACCAGAGGCUCUCAGGGCCCAGCUCGGGACUGGCAAACGCAAGGCUGAACAAGCCUUGAAAAAGCAGACCCUAGGCCAAGCAGAUCCGCAGAGUUUCUUCUUGGUGGAGUUCCUGGGUACCCACGAAUUCAUCUGGGUUCGAGAGACCGACAUCGUAGAGAGUUUUGAACCUGAGGACGACCCCAACAUGAAGACACCACAAGGUACCAAGAAAAAGAAGGCGGGGGGCCGGAACUCUUCACUAGUUGGAAGCAAGAAGUACCAAGCAGCGAUUGAGGAAGCGGGUUGGGCUCUGGAAGAGUUUGAGCUGCAAUUGCAGGACGCCUGUGGAGAACCCGGUGAAGACGAAGAUGGCGAAGACGGCAACUACAGCUAUUCUGUUUUGUGUGUGUCAGAUGACGAGGCUGAUGAUGUGUACAAUGACAACGAAGGAAUGACCCUGAGUGAAGCGGAGGAGGCAAACGAGCUCAUCGCAACUAGGGGCCUGAUAGAUUUCAGUGUCACCGGACGGAAGAAUGCAAAGAAGCGGGCGCUGGCAUUGAAAAAGCAAAAACAAGAGGCCGAGAAGAAAGAAAAACUGGACAAAGCGAAGAAAGCCAAGGCGGAGCAAGCAAAGAAGAAGCGGAAGGAUAAUGCCAUGGCAAAGACGAAAGAGCGGGAGGAGAAGAAAGAACUUCGGGAGAUUGAGAGACGCAGAAAGAAGAGAUCUCGUGAGAGAGAGAAGCUACUUCGCUCGGCGAGCAAAAAGAGCAAGCGGAGACGGCCCAACGAAGAGAUGGAAGGUGACAAGGCAAAGGAAGGAGCCAGUGCCCUUGCCUUAGAAAAGAGAGCUCGUGCGACUGCAAUUGUGAAAGGUUACCUGACGAGAAUGGCAGCCGAUAAGGAGUACAGAAGCCUGGGGCUAGCGGGAAUCAUGAGUAUUCCAGCGGCACAAGUGGAUUCGUCCGGGCUUCUCGGAAUGGCACUUGCGUUCAGAGCUGCGGCUGGAGAAAUCAACAUGCCCGAAGAGAGUGGUGAUCAUCACCAGCCCAAACCUUGGGAUGCUAUCGAGAUCGACGACACCAUGAGCGAGAAGGAGAGACUCGAGGCAUUGCACAAGCAAGCGGAGCUUCUUGAGAACGAGAUCAAGCGUGUUCGAUCUGCCACCAAGACCAGGCUGCAUUUGGCGGAGGAAGCAGAGCGAACACGCAAGCAGUUGGACGACGAAGUGUACAAGGACGAAGAGACGGCACGAGUGAACCCCUUUAAGAAGAGAAAGAAGCCUGUGGGUAGCGUUGGCAAGGGCACUGAUGAUUCCCCAAUGGGUGCGAGUGAUGCAGGCAAAGACGACAAUAACGAUGCUGAAACGAAAGCUGAAGGAAGUGGCGAGCCUGCAGCUGACGGGACAAUGAUCGAUUUUGGCCCCUCGCAUGUUUCAGAAACACCGCCCCGGAGUGCUCCCCCAGCAGAGACAACGGCAAGUGAAGCAUCUGCUCCCGUGGAGACGGAGAGCCAAUCUCCUGUUCCCGAGCAGAUGGAAACUGAAGCGGAACCAGCGGAGACAACGGAAAGUCAAGAGGAGACCCAACAGGAACCAAUUGCUGAUGGAGAGGAGGCUCAACAGGAACCAACUUCGGAUGAAACUAGCUAGGCGUUUACCAAGCACCUCCACUCCCUCAGGUUCGACAGGCACGUAACAUAAAAGUUUCUGUCUAAUGAAAAAAUUUCUCUAAUUAUUAAGGUUUCAAGGAGCAGUAACCGUUUCGCCUUGGCUGUGUACUGGUAGUCUGGCAGCUUGCUGGAUGCACUCAGACUCACUCCUAACAAACUCCACUGUUCCUUCCAGCCUUCCAGCUCUCUGCUAGUUUUGUUCGCCUUCCUUGUGGAUUUGCGUGGCUUCGACAAAGUCCUCUUUGGCAGUCUCUUGUGCUUGCAACACUGCCUCCCUAUUGAAUGCAGUUGCAAACAGGUUGAUCGUCUUUUCGUCUCGAAGUCCCAACUGUUUGUGCAUCUUCUGCAAGGACAAGACUCCCUUGAUCAGUAUCCGUUGUGAUUCCAGCGCCGAGCAGCCCCUCUUGACAAGCUCCAACCCCCUCCAUUGGAACUGCUCCUUGCUGGUAUCAUCAAUGGCGAGUUCUAGGUUUUUCAAGGAGCACCGGAUCCCCAAUCGGAUUUUCUUCAGUUCCUUCUUGGAAUACCACAGCGUCUUGGCUUCCUUUUUGGAGCAUGGCUUGUGGACUACAUGAACACUAGACUUGAAGGUCACUCUUCGCCUCUUUGGUAUGCUGCUGCGUGAUUGCUGAUGGCACAUCCUAUUGCUUGCUUGAAUGAAGAUUAGUAUAGUAGCCUGAGGGGUAUCUAGCGGCAAGAAAAACGAGAAGGUACCAAACGACGAAUACUAGUACUCAAUACGGACGGUAGAUAAUAAUGGAAUGUUGCAAGUUUUCAGUGUCAACUCUUUUCUUGGCA